AUGAUUAAGAGUAUGAACACCCUUCUAAUGUCGUUAAUGUUUAGGUUUUUCAGUAAAUUAGCUGAUCUUGCCUUCCUGUUGUUGUGGUUUUUUUGGUGUUUGGCAAACUUCGCUUUUUUUUUCCUUCGGGAGAAAAUAACUAGUUUCUUUUCGUCUCCUUGGCUUGUUGUGGGCAAUAAAAUUGUCAAGAUUGACAAUGUCUGUGUCCGUUGGGGUGAUGAUGAUGCCUUGAUUGCUCACAUCAGAUGUCUCGCGGUUGAGCGUUCGUCUUCUCGCGUUUGUGCUCCUCCUGUCGUUUCCGUGUCUCGUCCGGAUGUUGUUUCUUCCCCUGUCGUUCAGGAUACGAAACUUCUUCUCCCCUUGGCUUCUCCUUCCCUCUUGCAAAAAACAGGGUUCGGCUGCUACAGCCUUGAUUGCGUUUGUGUUCUCGGUUCCCCCUGUCUUGCUCCUGGCGUUGCGCCUUCUCCCCGCCCACCUCACCACCCUAAAUCCCAUGUUCCUGGCUUUGCUUUAGUUUGUGAAGCUAUAAGCCAGGCAUGGGUACAAGAGUACGCUGCGCUUCUUGUUUCUUCUGCGGUUUCUUCCCCAAUUGGGGAUAACGCACAUUUCGCGGUUUCUUCCCCCUCUGGGGAUAACGCGAUCCCAGCGGUUUCUUCCCCGUCUGGGGAUAACGCUGGGAACUCGGUUGGUGUUGCGGCUUCUGUCGUUGUUCCGAGUCCUCUCGGCCCUUUCACUUCUUCGUCUGUUCUCGCGGGAUCUCCUGCCACUGCUGGUGUUCCCUCCCCGGGUUUUUCUUCUUUUGGUUUGUCGUCUGUUGGUUUGUCGACUCCGGUGUUGUUGUCUCCUGCUUUGGGAUCUGCAGCUCUGCCUUCUGUCGGAUGCUUGUCUGCUGGUUCUUCUUCUGCCGGUUUUUCGUCUGCUGGUUCGUCUUUUGCUGGUUUGUCGUCUGCCGGUUUGUCCCCUGCGGCUUCGCUUUCCUCUGGUCUGCCUUCUCCCCGUCUGGCUUCUGCUAGUGUUCUUUCGACUUCUUUGUCUUCUCCCGGUUUGGACACUUGUGGUUUUCCCACUGCCGGUUUGAGCUCUCCUGGUUCGGCCUCUGCUGGUUCUGCCUCUGCUGCAGCUGCCUCUGAUGGUUCUGCCUCUGCUGGUUCGCCCUCUGUUGGUUCUUCCUGUGCUGGUUCGCCCCCUGUUGGUGUACCUUCUCCGCUUCCUUCUCCGUUCUUCCGCGGGGCUUUCGCUUCUCCGGAGUUACUUCCUCUUCCGUCUGUUCUCUCUCGCCUUCCGCCAUUAGAGGAUGAUGUUUUAGGCGGUAAACGCAAAACUCCCUCUCCUUCCCCCGCCACAUCUCCACGGGUAAAACCCGUAUCCUCUCCCUCCCAUCAACCAUCUUCUCCUCCUGGAGAAACCACAUCUUUUGUGGUAGAUUAUUCUGGUGUGUUGACCCCUCCUCGCGUGAUUGCCAAACCCAGGCUCUCACGCCCAAACAAACCAAAACAACAGGGGGAAUCGAAGUUGCUCUUUUCUCUUGAAGAGGAAAAUGAUUGUGGGCCCGGGGAGCCAGAUACAAAGAGAUUCCGCUCGCGGGAAUUGUAG